AUGUGCACGAGAGUCCUUAACUCCAGGACCACAGACAUCCAGUGCUUCACCGUCCAGCCUGUCUUGGAUGAGCACCCCAGGUUCAAGAACAAGCCAGUGCCUGACCAGAUCAUCAACUUUUACAAGUCCAACUACGUGCAGAGGUUCCACUACUCCCGGCCUGUGCACAGGGGCCCCGUGGACCCCGACAACGAGUUCGCCUCCAUGUGGAUAGAGAGGACCUCCUUCCUGACCGCAUACAAGCUGCCUGGCAUCCUGCGCUGGUUCGAGGUGGUCCACAUUUCUCAGAGCACCAUCAGCCCUCUGGAGAACGCCAUCGAGACCAUGUCGGCCGCCAACGAGAAGAUCCUGAUGAUGAUCAACCAGUACCAGGGCGACCCUGGCCUGCCCAUCAACCCGCUCUCCAUGCUGCUCAACGGCAUCGUGGACCCCGCCGUCAUGGGGGGCUUCGCCAAGUACGAGAAGGCCUUCUUCACCGAGGACUAUGCCCGGGAGCACCCCGAGGACCAAGACAGGCUGGACCGGCUCAAGGACCUGAUCGCCUGGCAGAUCCCCUUCCUGGGGGCCGGGAUUAAGAUCCACGAGAAAAGGGUGUCAGACAACCUGCGGCCCUUCCACGACCGGAUGGAGGAGUGCUUCCAGAGCCUUCGGGCGAAGGUGGAGAGGGAGUACGGCGUCCGGGAGAUG